AUGUCUCAAUCCCACCCCCAAGGCCCCCUCAACCUACACAUAACCCCCCUAAUCUACGACACCUCACGCACAAAAGUCUACAUCCUGACACUCGGGCCCCUCGCAAUCUCGGGCACAAUAUACUACUACGUUUUCGACCGCUUUGGGAACGUCACGGGGUACCUGGACAAGGGCGACGGGAAGUUCACGAUCUCCCCUGUUCUAGUCAAGCACUCGAACCCCAAGAUCGUGACGCACGAGGUUGGGUCUGUGCUCGAGAAUAGGAAGAGGGAUAUCCUAAGAAUUGCGGAGGAGAGUGUGAGGAAAGCCAAUGGAGGCAACAAGCCGUGGUUUGAGAUAUUUGCGGAGGAGUUGGAGAGGAAAGGGUUGGUUGUUGUUAGGAGGGAGGUUAGGGAGGCUGUGAAUAAGGCUGAGGAUUGUUGGUUGUCUCUUCCUAGCCAGUUGGGUGAGAUGUGGUUGGAGUCGAAGGAGCAGGUGAGCGGUGCAGAGUAA